AUGCCAUUGGUGGUAAUCAGCCAGGUUGAUGACAAAACGGGAACAGGUGGGGAGAGACGAGAGAAGGAGAGAAAAAGAAAGAAACGGAGACUCAGGGGGAGCGCACGGAAGGAGCUACAGGAGCGAGCGUUUUGGAUCGCAGCGCAGGAGAACCGAAGCCAGAGCAGACGCCGGACGGAGACUGGACGGGUUCGAGGCUGCGCAGACACUCACGAGUGGCAAAGGAGCGGCGCGUCGGGCUGGACACCCCCCCCCUUUUCUCCCUCUUCUGGAGCGGCUAAGCGGUGGGCCAAAGCAGCGGGACCAGCGGAGCCAAGGCGGCAUACAACGCUGGAAAUGAGAUAA